AACGCGGAAGUGAGAAGUGGUGACGUUCGCUGCCACAAAGCUGAUCAUGGCGUAAUGUUGGUGUAUGUUUGGUGAAAACAGUCGCAUUUUUCCAGUUUAAAACAAACUCCUUACGGCUCAAAAUGUUCAAAGGUUGGGGUACGUGGCUAGGCCUAGAUGAUGCCUCAACAGAAAAAGAAGAGGUUGUUCAAUCCACUGAUGCUGUCGAAAAAGAGACAGAAACUUCACCUGAUGUGCUGGACUCCGAAGUAAACAAGCAAAACGCAAGUAUAGAUGGGGAAGAAGAAAACGGCGAUCAACAACCCUUGCUAGAAACAAAAGGGUUUAGUGGUUACAUUCUCAACUUCGCCAGCAGUGCAACCAAGAAAAUAACCGAGUCUGUAGCUGAGACUGCACAGACGAUCAAGAAAAGUGUAGAGGAGGGGAAAAUUGAUGGCAUUAUUGAUAAGACCAUACUGGGAGCCUUUCAGAAAGAGCAACAGAAGUUCGUCCAGGAAAAGAAUGCAAGAAGGACAGACGUUGCUGUGCCACCAUGGGUUGGUUACAACGAAGAAGAGACAAUUCAGCAGCAAAUAUUGGCCUUAUCAGCUGACAAGAGGAACUUCCUGCGUGACCCCCCUGCUGGGGUUCAGUUUCAUUUUGACUUUGAUCAGAUGUACCCUGUUGCCUUGGUAAUGCUGCAAGAGGAUGAACUGUUGAAUCGGAUGCGCUUUGACCUUGUGCCCAAACAUGUGAAGGAGGAUAUGUUCUGGAGAAAUUACUUCUACCGCGUGUCACUGAUAAAGCAGUCUGCUCAGCUCACUGCGUUGGCAGCCCAGCAGCAGGCUGCAGAGAAGCGCGAAGAAGAAGAGAAGACUGAAGCCACCGCACAGGCAGACCUGGCAGAAACCAUCAGACCGAAAACCCCUCCCACAACUAUCAACGCUAAGCCAAAGUCAAAUGAGGAUGAAGAAGAGAUUUCCACCAGCCCGGGAGUGUCUGAAUUCGUGAGUGAUGCCUUUGAUGCGUGCAACCUUGACCAGGAGGACCUGAGGAAGGAGAUGCAGCAGCUUGUGCUGGACAAGAAGGAUGAGGCCUCUCCACAAGAGGAAGAGACGGCCGAUUGGGAGCGCGAGCUGCAGAAAGAGCUCCAAGAGUAUGAGGUCGUAGCUGACACCGAGAACCGCGAUGACGGCUGGGACAAGGAGAUUGAAGAGAUGCUGCAGGGGGGUGACAACUAGUAGCAAUAUUCUCCCGCUGCCCUGCUGUGAGAGGAUGUCAUGAAGGACCAGAUGGAUCUGCCAUUUCCAACUCUGAAGAAACCUCUCGAAGACUGUUUCACUGAGGUCACUGGCUUUCAAAAAGCCAUUCCCAGCACUCUCAAGAAUAUCCAAGAAGAGCAUUUGUUCAUGUUUGUGGGAAGUUGAAGGAGGUCUGUAAGAUUAUUUGGCUCUAUGGCUGAACCGUUAUAAAAAGAAAACAUCUCUGGAAGUAUGUGAAGGUUUGUGGAGAUGGAUGGCUUUGGUGCAGUGCCAAACUGCAACUGUAAACUGACAAUAUUAGGCAUCUGUCCACAUAUUUGAGAGUUACCUUUUGCAUUCAUCUCUCUUAGAAGAGGAAAAGUUAUAGUGAUUUUUUUUCUUUAAUUGUUUGCCAGCCCUUGUCUCAUCUCAUUUUGUGCAAUCUACAGGGAUAUCUUUGAGACAUUUUUUUGUGUGUGUGAAUGUAAUGUUGAGGACGCUUAACAUCAAUUCAUUGUAAAACUCCUGUGCUUUGAGUUUUCAGAUUCACACACCACAACAGCACCAGUUAAGAUCAUAUUUGGUGAAGUCACUCAACAGUAGUUUUGUGGAUGCAAUGGUGUUUGUCUUCAGAUGGUCAUUUUGGCUAAACUAUGUCACCCUUGACUUGCAUUCACUUUGGCUAAGCACACUAAAGUGAGGUUGAGGAUGUAUUGUUACAGCCAACAGGUCUUUCCAUCAAUCGCGGGACCUUUUAGUGUCUUUCUCUUUGUAACACAGACUGUAUUAUAUGGUAAUGGGAUACGUAUGUUUAACUGUAGAGUGGUAUUUCCAAUCUGAAUGGGAUGUUUUUAUUAUUUUGUGCUUUUCUUAAGUCAUCCAUCUUUUAAAGUUUAAUAUGUAUAUUGCUUCUCUGGUCUAGUAAGUAAAUGGAUAUUGUUCGUAAACAACAAAAUGUUAAGCGACCCUGAAUGAGAUGGAUAAAAAAAGCUAUAAGAAACCUGAUAGAAUUCCCUUCUAUGAUAAGAUGAUCACACCCUUAGUAGAGACUAUGUUACCUAUGAAACACCUUUUCAUAUAUUUUUUUCCCAAGCUGAUGCUUGUCUUACUUUACAAUGCUGUUAACUAUGAUUCUGUUAAGCAAAAAUAAAGACUUUGCCUUUCA